UAGUAGAGAUAGAAAGGGGUCUCCGCCAAAAUCAUUCGGCCAGGAGCCCGCAUUUUGGAUUGGCCAUCGCGGUAAGCUGCCCGAUCGCUCGCUGCUCCCCUCGACUGGCUGCCGAUUGAUGCAAAGAUCGCUGGUGCUGCGACGGGAGAUCGCAAACGGGCAUGGCGGGCGUGCGGUGGAGGAGGAUGGAGUGAGCAUGGAUUCGCCACGCAAAGGCAGCGGCGGCGGUGUGUGUGAGAUGGCUCCUCUAGCGGGAUAUAGGAAAUGGGGACUUUUGGGCAGUUUCUUAGUCACAGCAGUGGUGCUAGUGGUUUUCCUGUGCCACACCGAGUCCCGGCGCGAGCAGGAGAUCUUCCAAGACGCGGAGGUUUUGGAAGAGCAGAGGAAGAACAGGAUGGCAGCGGUGGAGGAGAAGUUCGCGUUCCAUGACACUGUCGACGCGUUUCGAAGAUGGGACGAGAGCGUGGGGUGCUCUCGGUUCCGGCAGAGCUUCCGCAACUUGACCGGGGAUUUUGUUCCUCGCCCGCCUUGCUUCCAAGACCCGGAGAUCAAGUGUAGCAAGCUCCGGAAGAAGCACGUCGGGAUCCACGUAAAGUCGUGGACGUGGAUCCCGGACAACUUGGAAAACUUGUACUCUUGCGGCUGUGGAUUGAGCUGCCUGUGGACGAAGUCUCCCGUGCUGGCCGACAAGCCGGAUGCGCUCUUCUACGAGUGGAACAAGCCUCCCGUGGAGAGAAAACCGGGAGACCCUCUACGCAUCUACAUCGAUAUCGAGCCCCAGAAGCAGCGAGCCCCCGCUCAGGACAUUUUUGUGAGCUACCACCAUAGCUCGGACGUGCAAGCGACGUACGCUGGCGCGUUGUUUCACAACUCGAGAAAUUACUACAUAUCUCCAACCAAAAACAAGGAAGUUCUCGUUUACUGGUCCUCGUCGAGGUGCCUUCCCGAGAGGCAAGAGACCGCGAGCAAAUUCCUGGCACUCGUGAACCACCACUCGUUUGGGAAAUGCCUCAACAACGUCGGGGAGAGAGACGCGGCUCUGGAAAUGUAUCCGGAGUGUAGGCAGGAAGGGCAGGACCAGCAAUGGAACCAACAUCUGCACUGCGCGAUGUCGCACUACAAGUUCGCCUUGGCGAUCGAGAACACGAGAACCGAAAGCUACGUCACGGAGAAGCUCUUCUACGCCCUUGACGCCGGGACGAUCCCCAUAUACUUUGGAGCUCCCAACGUCAUGGACUUCGUGCCUCCCAAGUCGAUCAUCCUGGCCAGCGAGUUUAGCAGCAUGGAGAGUCUGGCCGAGUUCGUCAAGGGACUGGCUCAAGAUCCAGUCCGGUAUGCCGAGUACCACGCUUGGAGACGGUGCGGAGUGACUGGGAAUUACUACUGGGCCAGAGCGCUCAGUCUUGAUUCUCUUCCUUGCAGGCUGUGUGCUUGGAUAAGCAGGAACUAGACUGAAACAAUCAUUUUUGUGUCUGCUCAGCACAAGAUCGGUUUGUAUCAUGAAUCUUCUUUGUCGGUUGACAUACUGGAUAUUAAGAGAUACACAACUAUAAUUGGCAA